GGUUUGCUUCUAAAACCGUAUCUCUCAUAGAAAAAAAAAUCCACUUUUGAAUCGUCGUCAACUCGCCGGCGGCGACUUUGUCGGGUAUUAAAAGAGAAUCUCUAGAAUAGUAGAGUGUUUCUACAGUUUCCCUUUUCAUUUUGUUGAAUUUCCUUUUCGUUUUAGUCUGGAAAAUGACUUGUGAUUCAGAGAUCAAGCUGUUUGGCAAGAUACUUCCAGUGGUCGUCUCCGGCGCCGGUAGGGGUUUGUCUGGUAGUGAUGGUGUUAGAUAUGAGGGAAAUAGAAAUAGGUCUGAUCUUGAUCGAUGUUUAGAGGGAAGUAAAGCAAGCAGUGUAGAGAAAGAUGAAGGAAUUGAGUAUGAAAAGCAAGAAGCUGAAAAGGAUGAUAUAUCUGGAGAGCUCAGUGAAGCUAAAUCUGAGGAGGGAGAUCAAAAUCAGAUGAUGGAGGAAUCAGAAAAUACUAAGACUCCAUCAGAAUCAGAGAGCAGUCCUAAAUCUUCAACUGAGGAAGACCCUCAAGCAGUAAAAUCAUCCGAGACUGGGAAUGAACCAACUAAUGUGUCAAAUUCUGAGCAGAACAAUCUGAAGAAGCCAGACAAAAUCCUCCCAUGCCCUCGUUGCAAUAGUUCGGAUACAAAAUUCUGUUACUAUAAUAACAACAAUGUCAACCAGCCUCGUCAUUUCUGCAGGAGCUGCCAGAGGUAUUGGACUGCCGGUGGAACCAUGAGGAAUCUCCCUGUGGGAGCUGGUCGUCGCAAGAACAAGAAUCUUGCAUCUCAAUAUCGUCAUAUAAGUAUCCCUGAAGGAUUAUUAGCAGCAGGAAUUGAAUCUCCAAAUGGAUUAAUUCAUCAUCCAAUAUUCAAACCAAAUGGCACUAUUCUAUCCUUUGGUCCCGACAUACCCCUGUGUGAACCUAUGGCUUCUGCAUUAAAUCAAGCAGAGAAAAGGGUAUCGAAUGGUAUCCAAAAUGGUUCUCACAAAUCAGAAGUCAACAAUUCUUCUUGCAAAGGGGGAGAUACUGGGGAUGAGUGCUAUAGGGGGUCUAACAUCCCAACUCCAAAUAUGAUGGUGGAAGAAGGUAAAGGAGAGGCCCACAAGGCUGUUAUGCAUGGUAUAAAUGGCAUCCCAUCUCCUGUUCCUUGCCUCCAUGGAGUACCUUGGCCUUUUCCAUGGAAUGCUGCAGUUCCUAUGUCGGCUAUUUGCCCCAUUCCCUUCCCUAUGCCAUUCUUCCCUACACCUUAUUGGAAUUGCAGUGUGCCUCCUUGGAGUAAUCCUUGGCUGAGUCCACCUCUGCGAGCAGCAAACGAGAAAACAUCAGGUUCUGAUCCUACUUCGCCUUUAGGGAAGCAUUCUAGAGAAGGGGAUUUGCUUAAGCCAAGCAAUCCUGGGGGCAAAGAACAAUCAGACCAAAAGUAUUCAGAGGGGUCUAUUUUGGUCCCAAAAACAUUGCGGAUUGAUGAUCCUGAUGAAGCUGCUAAGAGUUCUAUAUGGUCAACACUUGGGAUUAAAUAUGAUUCUGCUAACAGGGGAGAGUUUUUCAAGGCCUUACAACCAAAAAGCAAUGACAAGCACAACAAAGCCAAUACAUCUCCAGUAUUGCAUACUAACCCUGCAGCUUUAUCUAGAUCUAUCACCUUCCAACAAAGUGCCUAAAGAUGAUCCUAUGAAUCUCCGUAGGAUGAAAAAGUAACAAAGCUAAGAUAAUGCUUUUUUCUCCCAUUGAGCUCCAGCGGGAAGUACUUGAUCAACUUCAUGGAUUUCCUGCCUGAUGGAUACUUACAGCGCACCAGAUCACUUACAGAGCUGAGAGGCUAAUAUCUCUCAAGUGAUCCAAUGAAACUGGGGGGGAAGCUAUUGUAGAAACUUAUGUUUAUAGUUUUCUUGGUAACAAUAAGAGCUAGUGACUGGCUUGGUUUCUACUUUUUGUGUGUUUUCUAAAUGUACAUAGCUUUUUACAGCUAACACUAGAAGGAGGAAGACAAAGUUGUUUAGAUCCUCAUCCAACAGUUGUAACAUAUUUUAAAUUAAUGUCAAAAGUUAGUUUGGAGAGCCA